CUACGCUGACAGCUCCACUCCUUUGUGAAAUGAAGGCGCAUUAGGUGAAAAUAGCACAGCGCUUAUCCACACACCGGUGUUUGUUAAUGACAACAGAUAAAUUGUAGAAAUUUAUAUUAUUUCGUCCGUACUAACUAAAUCGCUAACGUCAGCAUCAGAUCACAAACAUGAUACGUCUGUGAAAAACAUCCCCCUUCAUUCGCCUGUCAGAUAUCCUGUUAGUUAAAAUCACAACAGAGUCGCGACAACAAGGAAGCAUAGAGAACACAAGACCGACAAGGCACCAUGACCUUGUUUAGCUUCGCAGGUCGGGUGUGGGAUCGCGUGGAGAAGACGUGCCGCCACCUGCCCAUCGUUCUGAACACCGUUCUCGUGUUCUCCAUCACGGCGGAGGUGAGCUACCUGGUUCUGGUCGAGGCCCCGCUCCAAUCGGACCAGAAGAAGACCCAUUGGUCUACAGUGUGGAAGACUCUGCACCUCUUCGCGCAGUACUUCAUGUUGGGCAACAUCACAUGGAACGCCUCGCUGUUUCUGAAAACCAGCCCCAGCAUUCAAGGAGUGUUCCUGGGCUCAGAAGGCAUGGCGCAAGGCUGGAGGUACUGCUACACAUGUGAGACCCACACUCCCCCACGGUGCUCCCACUGCUAUGACUGUAAAGUGUGUGUUCUGAGACGAGACCACCACUGUGUGUUCUUCGGCCAGUGUGUGGGCUUCCGGAACUACCGCUACUUCAUCAGCUGUCUGCUGUUCAUGUGGACGGGGCUGCUGUACGCUGUAGUGAUGAACGCUGAGGUGUUCAUCAUCAUCCUGAAGGAAGGAGUCACGCUGCACAGUAUCCUGCUACUACUCAUGCCCUGGAUCAUGCUCGUCUCUGGUCAGGUGACAGCGCGGGCCUUUGCCUUUGCCUUCAUCGCAGACACCUGUGUGUUGGGCUUCCUGCUGGUGGCAGCCUUCCUCUUCUUCCACCUCUUCCUCCUCCUGCGAGGCCAGACCACCAGGGAGUGGUACGCCAUCCGCAGACCCUACAACCUGGGUGUACUGGGCAACCUACGGCACGGCCUGGGUACCCGCUGGUACGUCUGCUGGCUCUGCCCACUCAUCCCCUCCCCACUGCCUGGGGAUGGCAUCCACUUCCAGGUCACAGGGUCGCUGGAGCCGGAGCCCAACCGGUCACAGUAAUCCUGGUAAUGUGACGGACAGAGGUGUGUGAGGAUGACAGUGACAGCUUGCAGUGCAGGCAGAUUUACAGUCAACUUCGUGGAGAAGUUUACUGUCAAUCUGUAAGCCCCUUCACCCACUGCUUGCCCUGUUUGCUGAGUGAGUGAGUGAGGGGCGACAGGUGUAGCUGCAGUAUCUCAAGGUUGCUCUGUGGUACUUUGACCCAUUGUCUAUGUGCCGAGAUUAUUUGAUCCAUUACCUACGUCAAUCAGCUAAAUGAGAAGGCAUUUAUUUGUUUGCUUGCCUCAGCAGUUAAAACGAUGAAAUGAGCAGUGACAUGUCGGGUGACAUGCUGCUAGCAUUGAAAUGUGAGUCCACUGAAAUUAUAAAUGUUUUGAUUGUUAA